AGCCCUCCCUCAGGCAUCCAGGAAAAAUUAAAGCCCUUAUUUUGUCUUCCCAAAGCUUUGUCCGUUACCUUGCGAGGCUUUCUAUUAUUUGUACAUCUGGCACAAAACUAAAAGCGAGCCAGACCCAAAAGUCUAGGAAAGCUGAGGUUCGGGCAAGGAGAUAGCCUCACAAGCCACUAGAGAAAGAAGAGGAGGAAAAACUACAACUCCCAUGAGGCAGCGGGGCCACGGGACCCACGUCUCCCAGCACCCUUUGCGAGGCUCAAGAGCGUCAAGGUUGGCCGGCGUAUGGAGACGGGGGGUGAAGUGUCCUCUAAAGCCGUGGAGAAGCAGCCUUGCAGGAUGGCAGCGGCCGAGGCGGAACCUGAAGCCCUGACGGAGCGGGUGGACAUCGCGCGCGGCCUGGAGAACUUGCCUGUGAGCGCUUGGCCGCCGGGAGUGGAGCCAGAGCCCUUCGAGUAUACCCCUGACCAUGUAGCUGGGCCGGGAGCAGACACUGAUCCCACGCAGAUAACCUUUCCCGGAUGCAUUUGUCUCCAAACUCCCUGCCUCCCUGGUACUUGCUCCUGCCUCCGUCAUGAGCAGAACUAUGAUGAUAAGUCAUGCCUCAGAGAUACAGGAUCAGAAGCAAAGCAUGCCAAGCCAGUGUUUGAAUGCAAUGCCCUGUGCCAGUGCAGUGACCACUGCGGGAACAGAGUGGUCCAACGGGGUCUGCAGUUCCACCUCCAGGUGUUCAAGACAGAUAAAAAAGGCUGGGGACUUCGUACCAGGGAAUUUAUACCAAAAGGGCAUUUCGUCUGUGAAUAUGCUGGUGAGGUCUUAGGAUCCUCUGAAGUACAGAGAAGAAUUCAGUUACAAACAGUACACGAUUCAAAUUACAUAAUUGCCAUCAGGGAACAUGUUUUUAGUGGGCAGGUAAUUGAAACAUUUGUUGAUCCUGCCUAUAUAGGAAAUCUGGGAAGAUUCCUUAACCAUUCUUGUGAGCCAAACCUGUUGAUGAUUCCUGUCCGAAUUGACUCAAUGGUACCAAAGUUGGCACUUUUUGCAGCCAAAGACAUUUUGCCAGAAGAAGAACUAUCUUAUGACUAUUCAGGAAGAUUUCUUAAUCUAAUGGACAGUAAAGACACACAAAGGCUAGAUAACAGGGAACUAAGAAAACCUUGUUACUGUGGUGCCAGAUCAUGUACUGCGUUCCUGCCUUAUGACGGUUCACUGUACUGCCCCUUAGAAAAGCCAGACAUCAAGAAGGAAGAGUAUAGGAGAAACACAUCUGGUCUAUCCUAGUGGGUGAGAGUAAGAAGGAACCAAGCAUGUUGCCUCAGGCCCUUCUGAGUUCCCCUUAUGACAAGCAGCUUACCCUCCAGGUAGGUCUCUGCUCUGUGUUAUGCAGAGCUGGUAGCUGUCCAGCUCUCCCUCUACCUGACUGCACAAAUUUAUCUCAGGAAUAUGGCAGAGACUGUAAGUUGUCCAGCAAUAUCUUCUCUCUAUAAUAGGCUUCUCCAUUUUUAGCUGAGUACAUGACUGCCCAGCUAAAAACUGGUUGCUUUUCCUAGUUAGAGGUGACUGUGUUUUAGCUAAUGAGAAAGAAGCGAAAAAGGUGUCUUUAAAUGGAGACAUUCUUCCUUUAUCCCCCUCUCUUCCUAUUCGCUGGAAUGUAUACAUGACGGCAGGAGCUGCGGCAUCCAUCCUAGACCCCAAGAUGACCUUGGAAAAGAAGCCACACAUAGCAGUCAACAAAAUUGUGAGGAGUCUGGGUGCUGGAGACUGUGGAACUGUCUACCAGUCCUGAUGUGACACCUCUGGCCUCGUAGGUGAGCAGUAGUCUCUCCCUCAUUUAUGCCACUGCUAUUUUUAGUGUUCUAGAACUAGCACCAAACCUAAUCAUAGUGAUCCAAGGAAACCCUGGUGGCUGCAUACCUAAGCACUACUUUCCAACAAUUUUUUAGUAAUAAAGCUAAUAUUUCUAUUUCUGUCUUUCUGACUUCUGCCUCUUAUUUCUCAUUCAUUCUAAAUACAAAUCAAGGGAAAGGACAUGAUUAUCACCUCCUAAACCCUAAUAAUUAUCACCAAUAGUGAAAAAUAUAACCGUGGCAGUAACUUCCAUGGCAUGUCACCCCAAACAUCAUUAAAGGAAACAAAGUUGCAAAAUUUUCACUACAUACUUGGUUGUACUCCACAACUUGUGAAGCGAAACUUCAAAACUUCAAACAGCCUGACUUCUUCAUGUAUAAGUAACAUGAAAAUAACUCUGUCAACAUCACAAAAGGGGAUGGAAGGUUUAUAAUUCCAUUUAAACUUCCAGACAAGCAAACAUCUCUACCUUCCUUCCUUAAAGCAAGGAUGUUGCAAAAACGAAGUGACUAGGGAGGUUUAUUAGAUAUUUUGAAAGCUAAAAUACUUAGGUGCCAUAGUAUUAUUUGAUAAAUUAAUUAAUUUCCUCUCUGGUAUAUUUAAACCCUUCUGUCAGGAUGCAUUUAAUAUGAUAUAUCAUAGGAGUCCAUAUUAUAUAUAAUACUCUACUCCUGUAUAUCAUAAUUAUGCACUUUAAAUGAGUGAAAUGCAUAAAUAUUAAAAAAUUAAGCUGUUAAAAUAAGUAUGUUAGAGUUUGCAUGUCCAGGUUAUCAUCAUGGAAUGAUUCCAUAUGAAUAGAAUAUAAUACAGAGUGCUCAUAAAGUACCCUGAACUACAAAUGUGUAAUGUCUAAAACAACAGAUUUUUCCUCCAAACUACUCAUUUCUCUCUGCCAACCUUUCUGUAGAACUUCGAUUUCUCUGAGAAAGUCUUGCUUUUGGUAAAGCAGCUUAUAUCCUUCAUUUUACCUUCCUCCUCCUCCCAAGCUCUCCUAACAACUGAUGCAGUAACUUGUUAGGCUCUUUGACGUUUUGCAGCAUGCUGUCACAAGCCUCAGUAUAGCCAAGUAUAUAGUGAAAAUUUUAGUUUGUUUCCUUUUAUGACUUUUGGUUACAUACAUGGAAGUCAUUGUCCUGUUUUUCACUCUUGGUGGUAAUUAUUAGAGUUUAGGAGGUGAUCAUCAGUCGUUAAGGAAUGGUCAGAAGGAAAAUUCUUAGCUCAUUGUUUGAUUGUACAGGUACCCUUUCCUACUUCCCUCAGCCCUUUCUCUGCUGAAUAUCACCAGCAGAGAAAGAAGCGGAAAAGGUGUCUUUAAAUGGAGAUACAGAGGACAAUCUUCAGUUCAGAGGCAUGAGCAGAAUCGUCCAUCACUGUGCCUCUGUCAGAGAUAGAACUCACUGGAUAAAGACCCUUGGAAUUUUUUUGUACCCAUACACAAAUUUAUCCUUAAACAGCAUACAGCCCUGCAAAUCAGAUUUCUAUGGUAAGAAUCAAAGACUUUUUAUUCCAAUUAUUUCCUAAGCACUGAAUUAACUACAUUUACUUUACUGCUGUGGUCUACUUUUGAGAGCAAACAUUUAAAAAUAUACUUUGUUUGACUGUUAUCCUAAUAUAAAAAUAUAUAAAGUUUUCUCUAUUAUAAAUUACUAUAAAAUUAAACAUUUAAAAGAUGGCAUGUAUCUUCAUGGAUUAAAACAUUCAUAAAAAUUGGUGUUGAAGUCUGUUUCCACUGACUUCACUAAGAAUGCAGAAAUGUGUACCUUGGAAACUGGUUUGACCCAAGAAUAGUAAAGAUCAUACUUAAAGAAAAAAGCUUUUCAAAUGAUUUUUUUAAAAUUUCAAAUUAAUAAUCACAAAAUACCAGUGGCUGAUAGAUUUUGUUCACAGCUAAAUGGACAUUUUUGUCUUAAUUGAAAUGAAUAUUCAGAGACUAUUUCAUUCUCCCUCUUCCCCUCAAUAUUAAGCCCCAGUACUGGCUAGCCUGGUGCAUAAGGCAGCAGUGGAUUCAGGACAUCAACUAGAAACUACCUUGCAUAGAACAGAGGAUUUUAUCUUAAAACUCAAGAAGGUCUCCUAAAAGAAAGGUUGAGGGCACCAAAGAAAAAAAUUCUUUUCCUCAAAUUGUUUGCAUUCUCUUGCGUUCAGAUAGUGUUUUAUUUGUGUAGUAUAUAUCUAAUUACAGCUCUGCCACUGUCCAAUGUGUUGAACAAGUUACUGAACCACUCUGAGCCUUAAUUCCCUUUUCUGGGUAUGGCAAUAUUGGGAGGAUCAAAUGAGUUAACACUUAACAUUGUUUAUAACAAUGACUUAGCACUAGGAUAGCUGUAACUGAAAAAAUAGACAAAAGUGUUGACAAGGAUGUGGAGAAGAUGGAACCUUCAUAUAUUGCUGAUAGAAUUCUAAAACUGCACAAUUACUUUAGAAAACUGUUUGGAUAGUUACUUAAAACAUUAUAUAUGGAAUAACAACAUAUUCCAGCGACUCCAUUCCUAAGUACAGCCCCAAGAGAAAUGAAAACAUGUCCAAAC